GGAGCUGCCGGCCAGGUUUUGCUUUAGCAGCCGGAGGCUGGGAGAGAUCUUUCGGCAGAAGGCGGAGCACUUGCUCGGCGAGAUGCCCGUUCGGGCGGCGGAGCCUGGCGGGGCCGGGGACCAGGCGGGGGCGCAGGCGGGCCGAGAACGCGGCGAGCGGCCGCGGGGAGCAGCUGGAGCCCCAGGUCCGCCCUCACGUCGCCGAAACGAGCCCGGCGGGGCGGCGCGGGGCGGCCGGGCACGGGGGACUCGGAGAGCGGCGGGUCCAAUGUGUCCCCCCAUCGCGGGCCUCGGGGCCGCCGAAGCCGCAGUCCUCCGGGCGCCCAGAGCGGCCGGAAGUGCGCUCGGCCGGGGCGGGGCGGGCGCGGGUUCACUUCCGGCCGGCGCGGGCGCGAGCGCGGGCUCGGCGGCCGCCUCGGGCUCCGAAGGUCCCGGGCGAGCGCACCUUCGUCGGGCCUUGAGGACGAUGGCGGCCCCGGGGGGCUGUCAGCAGCCGCCUCGUGUCCCGGCCCCUGUGAGCCUCAAGUCGCCGGGGACCCCUGGAGCCCACCACCCGGAGGCCCGGCUCCGCUCCCACAGUCGGCAGCACGAUUCUGAGGCGGAGCCCGAGCAGGCUCUGCCGUCUCCGCAUCUGCAGGAUGCUGGACGCGAGGUGGACCAGGACGGAGGGGCACUGAGGACCCUUCUGAGGGGUCUGCCCUGCAGGCCCCAGUGUGCGGACAGCCUCGGACAGGAGCCCGGCUCGGAGCAGCGUGCAGGCCAUUCGUCCGGAGCCGGCGGGUCCUGCCUGCCCAAGAGGGGCGCCUGGCGUGUGACUCUCAGGCCGCUGGGAGCCUCAGGGACGGCGGGCGGCUCGGAGCUGGGGGACGGCUUCGGCCGGGGCUCGGGCCUCGGGGCCUUGCAGGGCGGCCCGCGCAGCGCGAAGCCGCACCGGUGCGAGGCCUGCAGCAAGAGCUUCAAGUACCACUCGCUGCUGCUGAAGCACCAGCGCAUCCACACCGGCGAGAAGCCCUAUGCCUGUCACGAGUGCGACAAGCGCUUCCGCGGCUGGUCCGGCUUCAUCCAGCACCACCGCAUCCACACGGGCGAGAAGCCCUACGAGUGCGGCGAGUGCGGCCGCGCCUUCAGCCACAGCUCGCACUUCACGCAGCACCUGCGCGUGCACAACGGCGAGAAGCCCUACGCGUGCGCCGAGUGCGGCCAGGCCUUCAGCCAGAGCUCCAACCUGCUGCGGCACCGGCGGCUGCACACGGGCGAGAAGCCCUACGCUUGCAGCCAGUGCGGCAAGGCCUUCGUCUGGAGCUCCGUCCUCAUCGAGCACCAGCGCAUCCACACGGGCGAGAAGCCCUACGAGUGCGCCGAGUGCGGCAAGGCCUUCCGCGGCCGCUCGCACUUCUUCCGGCACCUGCGGACGCACACGGGCGAGAAGCCCUUCGCCUGCGGCGCCUGCGGCAAGGCCUUCGGCCAGAGCUCCCAGCUCAUCCAGCACCAGCGGAAGGAGACCGGGGAGAAGCCCUACACGUGCGGCGACUGCGGCAAGGCCUUCGUGCACAGCUCGCUCGUCAUCCGGCACCAGCGCACCCACAGCGGGGAGAGGCCCUACCUCUGCCAGGAGUGCGGCAAAGCCUUCAGCCAGAGCUUCAACCUCGUCCGGCACCAGCGCGUGCACACCGGCGAGAAGCCCUACAGGUGCGCCGAGUGCGGCAAGACCUUCAGCCAGAGGUCCGACGCCGUCAAGCACCGGAGGAUCCACACCGGGGAGAGGCUGUACGAGUGCCGCGAGUGCGGCAAGGCCUUCAUCCACAGCUCCAACGUGGUGCGGCACCAGCGCACCCACCACGGGGAGAACCCGUACGCGUGCCAGGAGUGUGGCCAGGCCUUCAGCCAGAGCUCCAACCUCCUCCAGCACCAGCGCGUGCACACCGGCGAGAAGCCCUUCGCCUGCCGGGAGUGCGGGCGCGCCUUCAGCCGCAGCUCCUUCCUCAGCGAGCACAGGCGCAUCCACACCGGCGAGAAGCCCUACGAGUGCGCCGAGUGCGGGCGCGCCUUCCGGGCCCUGUCCGGCUUUUUCCGGCACCAGCGGGUGCACACGGGCGAGAAGCCGUUCCGCUGCGCCGAGUGCGGCCACGCCUUCCGCCUGAGCUUCCACCUCAUCCAGCACCAGCGGGUGCACAGCGGAGAGUGAAGCCGGGACGUGGGAGCGUGGGGCAGGGACACGUGCGCACGGGUGGGGAGGGGGCGCGGCCCCGCUGAGCUGGUGCCCACACGGAGCUCUGCGGGCCUUGCACCCUGCGCGGCCGCGGGGCGGGGCCGGGAGGCCGUCAUGGUGGUGCGCGUUGCUGCCACCGGCGAGUCUGCGGCCUCCUCGCCCGGGAGCGGCCCGAGCGGGAAGUGGAGUCUGGGAGGUGAGUUCCCGCGGGCACAUCGCCGACGCUCCCGGAGGAGGGACUGGCGGCGGUGGCCCGUGUCCACCGGCAUCGGCUCCGGUCCGGUCAUUUGCGUGGCUCACACUGUUACUUCCGGCGCAAUCCGCACGUGGUGCCGUGUGUCGCUCCUAAGUGUUUUGGUUCCGUGAGGUUUAACAAACAGUGUUCACUUAAACCUUUGUAACCGCCGUGCUGUCGG